CAGAGGGAGAUUGGGAGCUUUCCACUGACAUUGCAGUUCGAGUGCCUGGGCAAACUGCCGUGGAACAGGGGAAGGCUUUGGUUGCUGCACGCAAACACUGUGUGUUAGAGAGAGAGAGAGAUGCUGUGACGGCUGGGGGAAUGCAGUUAGAGUGGGCACAGUUCGAUACACAACGCCUCCUCCUAGCUCUGAGAGACAGCGAGAAGGAUUCCCUACAAACCAGUCUCUAACCCUGGCAACACAGUCUUUGGAACUGCUGGUGGAUGGUGGCUGCAGGGAAUGGGCCAGAAUGAGUGAGACUGUCAGCUGAAAAAGGGCAAGAACUGAUCCAGGCCUGCGUUUUGGGACUGUUGCAACAUGGGGGAUGGACAGAAGUCCAAAAUUGAGCAGUCGCACUUGCUGUUUGAUAACUUCAUCCAGGCCACAACCUGCAAAGGCACAUUCAAAGGUUUUCAAGAGCUCUGUGAGAUUCUGGCCAUCACCAAUAUCGACUUCCCCAACUUUUACCCCAAGCUUAAAUCCAAACUCAACUACUGGAAAGCAAAAGCACUUUUUUCAAAACUGGACAAACGAGGAAGUCACAAGGAUUACAAGAAGAACACAGCCUGUGCUAACACAAAGUGUCUCGUGAUUGGAGCUGGUCCUUGUGGCCUGCGUACGGCCAUUGAGCUAGCAUUCCUCGGAGCCAAAGCCAUCAUCGUAGAGAAACGGGACACUUUCUCCAGAAACAAUGUCUUGCACUUGUGGCCGUACACUAUUCAGGACCUGCGCAACCUGGGAGCAAAGAAGAUCUAUGGGAAAUUCUGUGCAGGAGCCAUUGACCAUAUCAGUAUCCGACAGCUGCAGCUUGUUCUGCUGAAGAUUGCCUUGAUCUUGGGCAUUGAGAUCCAUCUGAAUGUGGAGUUCCGUGGGCUGCUCCCUCCCAGAGGCCAGAAAAACCCAAAUGCCGGCUGGAGAGCAGAGAUAAACCCUCCAACCAGCAAAGUAACGCAGUUUGAGUUUGAUGCUGUGAUUGGUGCUGAUGGCCGAAGGAACACUCUGGAAGGGUUUCGGAGGAAGGAGUUCCGGGGGAAACUGGCGAUUGCCAUCACUGCCAACUUCAUAAACCGGCACACACGGGAGGAGGCCCAGGCCCAGGAGAUCAGUGGCGUUGCCUUCAUCUUCAACCAGAAGUUUUUUCAGGACCUGCGGGAAGCCACAGGUGUAGAUUUAGAAAAUAUUGUUUACUACAAGGAUGACACGCAUUAUUUUGUGAUGACUGCCAAGAAGCAGAGCCUUUUGGAGAAGGGAGUGAUUCUACAGGAUUUCUCUGACACUGAGAAGCUACUUUCCCGGAGUAACAUGAAUCAAGAAGCACUCCUGAACUAUGUGAAGGAGGCGGCCAACUUCUCCACCAAUCAUCAGUUGCCACGCCUAGACUUUGCCAUGAACCAUUAUGGGCAGCCUGAUGUGGCCAUGUUUGAUUUCACCUGUAUGUACGCCUCAGAGAAUGCCUCAUUGAUACGCGAGGAGGGUGGCAAAAGGCUGCUGGUCGCCCUAGUUGGAGACAGCUUGUUAGAGCCCUUUUGGCCAAUGGGGACUGGGAUAGCACGUGGAUUUCUCGCUGCGUUUGAUACUGCCUGGAUGGUGAGGAAUUGGGCACAAGGUGCAGCUCCCCUGAAAGUGCUGGCAGAGAGGGAAAGUAUUUACAGGUUAUUGCCUCAGACCACACCAUCGAACAUCAGCAAGAACUACAACCUCUACAGUAUUGACCCUGUCACUCGCUACCCCAAAGUCAACAUCCACGUGCUCGAUGAAAAUCAGGUGCGGCACUUGUAUAACACCGGAGAGCAAAAGAACCUGCCAGGAUCAGAAACUGCGGUUAUUCCAAGAUCACCAAAGUUUAAACAAACCGAUUCUUUGGCCCGAUCGCAUAAGCUACUCGCUUGGUGCCAGAAGCAGACCCAGGGAUAUAAGAAUGUCAAUGUGGUUGACCUGACUACGUCAUGGAAGAGUGGCCUGGCACUUUCCGCUAUCAUUCACCGUUACCGGCCGGAUCUGAUAGACUUUGAUCAGCUGAACGAGAAGGAUGUGGAGAGCAAUAAUCAGAUGGCAUUUGACAUUGCUGAGCGGGAGUUUGGAAUUUCCCCCAUAAUGACAGGAAAAGAGAUGGCAGCAGUGGGUGAACCAGACAAACUGAGCAUGGUGAUGUACCUAUCACAAUUCUAUGAGAUGCUCAAGGACACGGCUCCAGAGGAAUAUCUACUCAGUUUUCAUGAUAAAUCAAACAUUGUGAGUGCUGCCAAGUCGCCGAUCUCCUUCCUCAGCAGACUGGGACAGACGAUCACUCGCAAGAGGGGGCCGAAGGAUGAACGGGACCCCUACCAGAAGGGCAGCGUCAAAUCCAUCGCGAAUCAGUUCCUGGCCAAGUCCGAUAUUAUUAACCCAGGACCAUCACAUGGACUGAAGAGACAACGACCAAGUCUCUUUGAGGAUGAGUAUCCUGACCAACAGCCUUACAGCAGACCAGGAGAGAUCUCACAACUCAGUGCUGGGCCUCAGUGGAAACAGCAAUCGUUGAAGAAGAAGGAGUUCCCCUCACAGUUUGGAGGCAGUGACGUUUGCUAUUUUUGUGGCAAGCGAGUUUACGUGAUGGAGCGUCUGAGUGCUGAAGGGAAGUUCUUUCACCGUGGCUGCUUCAAAUGUGCGCACUGUGGUGUAACACUCCGACUUGCCAGUUACGCCUAUAAUCCAGAAAAUGGAAAAUUCUACUGUAAACCUCAUUAUCGACUGGCAGGGAGGGAGGCAAGAAAGCGAUCAGCAACUCCUCCAGCACAAGCCCAGGAGAAGGUUUCUCCUCCCCUGCUGCCAACCAUGAACCCGGUUGAAGUGCCGGACUCCAAGAUGCACUACACAGACGGCGCUGCAGUGGCGUUUCCUGAUGCUCUGGCAGAGCCAUGCCAGGCAAAGCGAAUACGAAGCACUCCCGAGAGGAUUGAGUUGGAAAAUAUCCGGGUUUCACUGGAACGUGAGGAAGAUCUCCAGGAGGUACCUGAGGAAACACUUGCAGAACACAACCUGAGCAGUGCGUUUCAGCAAAUCAGCCAGGAGCCAGACAGCAGUUGCAGCAGCUCUGAGUACGAGAUGGAAGAUGAGGAUGAGGAGGUGGAGGAAGAUGAAGAAAAUGCACUGGUUCCCUCAGACCUGGGUGGUGUCCCCUGGCUGGAAGCUGUGAGGAUUCAUCGGUUACUGAAGGGUGACCUGGAUGGAGACACUGAGCCUGAAGAUGAGGAGCAAUCUGAAUCGAGUUACGAGGGUGAGUACUGUCCCUGGGAAAGGGAGCUCCAGUUUGGGCUCUGGCUCCAUCACCUAUCUGAUGAAGAGGACAACCCUUCGUUCAGAGUAUCGGGUCUGCGGGUACGCCAGAUCCUCAGUCCCAUCGACCCUCUGGAAAUCAAAGCCGAUGUUCACUGGACCCACAUCACAGGCCAAGAAAGGGAAACCGCAGCAAGAUCUGCACCUCCUGAAGAACAGCAGAUCGAGGUAGAAUUGAGCCCGGUUGAGGAUGACAACGUAGACGAUGAGGAGGAUGACGACGGAGCAGCAUUUGAGGACGAUAUCGCGUCAGACGCAGAGGCCGAGAACUUGAUGAUUUCUUACACAGAGGAGCUGGAGCAAUUAGUGCGGGAGAAGGAGGAAGCCUGUGGUGAGAUUGGUACUCCAGCAGCAUCAUGACCUCCAGUCUCCCAGGGAUCCCUUUGUGAAGCCACUCAACUCUGAAAGGAGAAUGAUGUCAUCACAGGAAGUGAG